GCGCGCGCUGCACCUGCGAAUGACCGCUGCUGGAGCUCAGUCUGCAGAAGCACGAGGCGACAGACACCAGGAGGAUUAAUUUGAUCAUUCGGACUUUGGAGCAAAAACAUUUUAAAACGCGCGAUCUGUGUGGGAGAACAGUGGGACACUUCCAUCCAUCAUCUUUGGAUUGGAGAUACAAAUGGAGGGAGUGCUGAUUUUAAAAUCUGCACCUCCUCCCAGCUGUCCCCCUCAAGACCCGUCUCCUCCGUUGCCGCGCGAUGCUCAGGAAGAUACAGGUCUCCAAGCAUCUUGCGCCCUGCCUCCCACCAUGUGUGUCCAUGCACCACCGCCUCCUCCUCCUCCUCCUCCUCCUCCUCCUCCUCCUCCUCCUCCACCACCUCCUCCUCCUCCUCCUCCUCCCCCUCUUGCUCCCCCUGCUUUUGGCUCUCGCAAUGUCCAGAGGAGAUCCAUGAAGAAGCUGAACUGGGACCCCAUCCCAAACCAGCGUGUCCUGGGCAAAGUGAACGUUUGGACGUCGACGCUGCCUCAGAGGGACCUGGUGCUGGACAUACGGAGCAUGGAGGAGUUGUUCAGUCACGUAGACAAACGUGCAUCACUGCGCAAUUCAAGGGUCAUUGGUCUGAAGAAGGGGUGCGACGGCGUGGACCUCUUCCCGCCAGAGCCUCAGGUCACAAUCCUGGACUCUAAAAAGAGUAUGAAUAUUGGAAUCUUUCUGAGACAUUUCAAGAGGCCAGUGGCGGAAAUGGUUCAGGACAUUCGUCAAGGUAACUGGCUCAGAUUUGGAACAGGCAAACUAACAGAGCUCUGUAAACUGCUUCCGGAGGAAAGUGAGGUGAAGCAGCUGCUGUCGUUCCGUGGGAGCCUCUCGGUGUUACCUGAGGCCGACCGGUUCAUGGUGCAGCUGGUCAAGGUGCCGGGCUACGAGGAACAGCUGAAAAUGAUGGUGCUGAGGGAGGAAUUCUUUCCUCUCAUGGAGGAGGUGAAGGGCUCUGUUGCUGUCAUGACCAAAGCAGCGAAAGAGCUGCUGGACUGUGACGACCUCCACUCAGUCAUUCGGCUCGUAUUAAAAGCCGGGAAUUACAUGAACGCUGGUGGUUACAGUGCCAAUGCCAUUGGCUUCAGGAUGACCUCUCUCCUCAAGCUGGCAGACACCAAGGCCAACAAGCCGGGCAUGAACCUCAUGCACUAUGUUGCCAAGCAAGCGGAGGACAUCGACGCCAAGUUGCUGACCUUUCACAGCCAGCUUGAACACAUCGGGAUGGCAUCAAGAAUCUGUAAAGGCGACGUCGUCACAGACUUUGAGAGGGAGGUGAAGAAGGUCAAGGAAGUCAAGUUGUACAGCGGCAGACAGCCUGGCGUCCUACAGAAGAUCGAGACCUUUCUCAUGAGGGCUGAUGCCAAGCUGGUCGCCGUGGAGUCGUCUCUCCGAGAGCUCAAUUCUCUGAGCCAUGCUGUGGCGGAGUUCUUCUGCGAAGACCCCGCGACCUUCAAACUGGAGGAGUGCUGCUCCAUCUUUCUUUCCUUUUGCAAGCGGUUCGACACAGCUGUACGGGAGAACCAAGAGCGAGAAGCGUCAGAGCAGAGGCGCAAGCGCAAAGAGAGCAUGCAUUUUUCGGCCAAACGGCGCUCCACGGUGUCCGGCCCGGGACCCGAGCGUGGCCGGGACUCGUCCUGCUUGGAGUCGGCCUUGCACAGCUUUCUGUCCACCGCUCCGGGGGGGUUGGCCCGAUGCAGGAGGACCGUGCUGCCCCCGAUCGAAGGAUCCCCCUCGGGCUGCAGUUCCCCCACUGACAAAUCUGAGGCCACGCCCGCUGCGAGACAAGAGAGGCCUGAGAAGAAACAAGCCAAACUGCAGAAAGAGCAGGAGCAAGUAGGAGCGCUGGAGGACAAAGAGGAAGCCGAGAAGAUGCGCGCGAUGACUCGGAAGGUGCUGCAGUACCAGAACAGCAGAAGUAGCCUGGACGGGGACGGAGUUUCCGGCACCCCCCGUCGCUCCGAGAGCCCCCGAGACACUCCGACCACUCCGAGCACCCCUCGGCCGCGAACCCGGGACUUCUUCUUCGCCAACAACGGCGACGUGGGCUCCCCGUGGACUAUCCUGAGCCCUUUGACCUGUGCCCACAGAAACAUCCCACAGAAGAACCACAGAGACGCACAACAACGAAGGCUAACGCUGCGGUUCGGCGAAGAUGACGACGGUGUCUGGGAGAGCGACGCAGGCGGCGUUCUCCCCACACAGGCCGGUCGCACAUCCCCCCGCGGGGGCUCCGCGUCCGUUCCCGAGUGCCCCCCACAGAGAGCGGUGUCGCAGGGUCCAAUCCUCAGGUCCGCUUCCGUGGAUGAAGCAAGGCAAUCUCCGGUGUCUCUCUUCCGGCUGGGGGACCUGUUCCAGAGGUCAUACUCCUCCGGCGCAAGGACAGAAAAUGUGGGAGACGAGGUCUCUCCCCUGCAUCGCUGUAAGGCGACGAAUCCCGUCGCCGAGGGGCAAGUGAACAGCUCCGGGUUUAUAUCCUUCUUCAGACGCAUCGGAGGCAGAAGCAGGCCCGGCGAUGUGGAGGAACCAAACCUCACCGGAUCCAAAAAUUGUAUUUAGUGAUAGAAACUUAAACUAUUUUUUAUUUGUUUGUCCGGUCUUUUUUUUAUUCUUUUUUUUAUUUAAUCUUGUCCCACUGUCAUGGUUUUACCCUUCUGUGGAGCCAAGGCAACCGAGCACUUGCUUUGAACUGUGAAGGCUUUUGAUUUUUGGAAGUCGAACCACGUUCAAAAAUUUCUUUCCUAUUCCUCUUUUUUUUUUUUUUUUUU